GGAGUAGAAAGAAGCAAAAUGCAUACAUACUUACCACCAAGUGCAGCCAGAGUGAAGAACUGCUAUCUGAAGAAGCAAGCAGCAGCAAGGCUGAUACUGCUACUUUAUUUUAUCCUUCACUUCACCACAGUUUUGGCUCAGCAAGAGGAUCGCAACUGGGAGAAGCAGUGGUGCAUAGUGGAUGAGCAAACACCAGAUGAUAUCCUACAGAUUGCUCUUAGCUGGGCAUGUGGUCCUGGAGGUGCAGAUUGUACGAUGAUUGAGCCUAAUAAAUCAUGUUACCUUUCCAAUACAGUCAGGGACCAUGCAUCUUAUGCCUUCAACAGCUACUGGCAAAAAUACAAGAAACAUGGUGGUUCUUGCUACUUCAAUGCAGCUGCAAUGGUCACCGACCUAAACCCAAGUCGUAACUCAUGUAACUUUGAAGUAGUGUCUUGAUAUAACGGUGGUCAAAGCACUGGAAGACGCAUGCAUUCCUGGUUUUCUUCCACUGAUCCUUCAGGAAAAGAAUGGAAAAA